AUGGACAGUAGUGUGGAAGAGGCUACAAUGGCCUUGUUGAAAAGCAAGACAAAUGUAGUCCUUGUGCGGGAAUCCAGCUCCUUGCCCGCUGCUCUGGCCACCUUUGACUACUCGGAUCUCAACGCUUACCUUCUAGUCGUUGUUGGCCUCUCAAAGCCCGAGGCACAUCAAGUUGAGCUAUAUAACGAUAUAAUGCUUAACGCUCGGGAGGGGAAGAAUAUCUCUAUGCGACAAAUACAGCCCCUGUGUAGACAGGAACCACUCGUCGGACUUCCGUCAAAUGGCAAUCUGGCCCAAGCUAUCGAAAUACUAGGAAGUGGAAUCCAUCGCAUUCUUAUUACAAAUUCACUCGGCAAUGUUGUAGGAAUUAUGAGUCAGCUUCUGAUGAUUGAUUUUUUCUGGAACGAGGGUGUCAACUUUCCUGCCGUUGACCGCUUGUACCCUAUCAUGCUACGAGAUCUGGGUGUAGGAGCACAACAAGUUAUCUCUGUCAAUUCGGAUGCCCCUCUUUCGGAGGCUCUUAUCCUCAUGAACAACGAGGGAUUAAGCAGUGUUGCAGUCGUUGACAACGGCCAGAACGUGGUUGGCAAUAUCUCAACCAAGGAUGUCCGCCAUCUUAUAUCUGCGUCUAGUGCACCUCUCCUUGACGGAUCGUGCAUGCAUUUCAUAUCUGUUAUUUUGAAUGAGCGGGGCGUAGAGAAGGGUCGAGAUACGUUUCCCGUUUUUUUCGUGAACACGUAUUCUACGCUUGCUCACACCGUCGCCAAACUGGUUGCUACACGUUCACAUCGCAUGUGGGUGGUGGAAUCUGCGUCACCCUCGCCAUCAGCUCCAGCUACUCCCUUGAUGGGGUCGCAUGGCGUGGUCAGCACGCCUCAAGCUCCGGUGGCAGCCCCUACAUCAGCGGUGCCUUCUGGUGCAGUGCCUGCGUCCGCCAUGCCUGGUGCGCACCUCUCUGGGAAACUGAGUGGAGUGUUGUCUUUGACUGAUGUCCUUAAUAUAUUCGCCAAGUACACUGGACUGCAUCCUGCCGAUCCUUCAGAGCAGCGAGCAAGGCGGCGACGAAGCUCGAGCAGCUCAGUUCGCCCCAGCUUGGAUUCCUCAAGGCCGAGCCUCGACUUUCGUCACUAG